GGGUGAUGUAGGGGUGUGGCCAACCCUCACCUGUGUUAAAGGUGCACGCUGAUAACGUGGAUAUUCAAAGGGAGGAGCUAUUGGUGCUGGCUGGAGGAGUAAAAUAAUAUAAACGAGCAGCAAACAAACCGGUACAUCCAUAUAUCAACAAUUUCACAGGUGAAGGAAAGUGACCACCGCCCUCUGCUCUGAUAGAGACCGCUCCGUGCGUAGGAUACGCCGUCAGGUGACUCCAAUACUCAGCCAGAUCAACUGCCAAGAAUGUUGGCUAGACUAGAGAUGAUGGCCUAUGUGGCUGAGACGGGGAUGGCUGGGACUGCUCGGGCUGCCUGGGCAGAGGGAGGCCCGGCCUCGUCCUCUGCAGAGGUGGACCUGGAGGUCAUCGAAGAGUACCUGCAGGAGCACUCGCUGGAGGUCCAACCGGCGUACACGCUUGACACCCUGUCCAGCGCCGCACCGCAGCCCGCCCCACCACACUCCCAGCCGGACCCCCACAUCAUAGAGAACCGAUGGUCGGGCCAACAUGCAUAUGAGUGGUACUAUGGGUCUCAUACUCCCAAUGAAGAAUAUGAGGACAACGUACCACAUACUACCUGGCACAGUCCCCAUGGCAACUGGGACCACCAUGGCUACUCCUAUGAUGUGAACAGAUGCAGUGAUUCUGAAUCCCAGUCAAGCGAUUCUCAUUACCAGGACUACCCCUACUCUGUCUCUCUGACCAAUGAGAAGAAGGGAAAGAAUACAUGUGAUCCACUGCCUCUCGUUCCACUCUCAGGGAAGAGAAAGGAGCGGCUGUUCCAGUUCCUGUUUGAGAUGCUCCAGACGCCGUCCAUGCAGAGCUGCAUCUGGUGGGUGCAGUCCUCGGCGGGUACCUUCCAGUUCUCCUCGCAGAACAAGGAGCGGCUGGCACAGCUCUGGGGCCGGCGCAAGGGGAACCGCAAGACCAUGACCUACCAGAAGAUGGCGCGGGCGCUGAGGAACUACUCGCGCACCGGGGAGAUCCACAAGGUGAAGAGGAAGCUCACGUACCAGUUCAACGAGGGAACGCUGAAGGGCCUGCGGGGGAACUCGCACGCCGCGUAGGCGGAAGGGCGGGAAGAACUCUGGAGAAGAAGAACGUGUUUUAGGGCGGGAAAUGAACCAUGAGGAAUGAGAGUAGGAGAAACAAGACAAAAAGGAGCCCACAAUUAAUUCCCGUGGUUACACUAGGAAUGGUUAUUUAUUUCUUACAACCCACGGUUUACACUGACCUACCUUUUCAAACACAAAUAAAUACUGAGUAUUUGAAAGAAAGGAAAAAGCCAGAUGCGACUCUGAAAUCGCAGUAGAAAACAGGUCUUUCUUGUCACUGAAGGGAGCACAAAAAUCUGCUUAAAUGUUUAAAUAGAGACCUGGAAAAAUGUAAAAAUAUCAUUGAUUUGUGAGAAAUCUGCUUUGGAUAGGCUAGCCUGGCUCUGAGUCGCCUGGCUUUAAAAGUUAAGUAAAUCGAAAAGGUUGUGACAAAAAAAACAUCUACUUUAUAAGUAGAGCAAUUUAGUUCGAAAAGUGCUAUUUCUACACAUUCACAAAGGCUUCUCUUGUGAACAUGAUUCUGCAAAUAGUGACAAUAGUGUGUUUGUUUGUGUGAAAAACUUUUUUAAGAUUUAAUAAAUCUAAGAAUAAGGUGUAUA